AUGAAGCACUUCCCUGUCUCCUGGAAGGUUCUCACCGUUGUCAUGACCUGCGCUAACGCAGUGAUUGCCGACAAUCCAUUGGCUACACCGGACCAAAAGGAGUUGGAUGCACUUGCGAUCAAGCUCAAUCAGAAAUAUGAUUUUGUCGUGCUCAAGGCCGAAGCUAAAGUCGCAUAUCAAACUGCUCAUGGGCUUCCGAUUAGUGACGCAGCCUCUUCUCGUCUCGACGCAGCAAUCGACGAAUUGGCUUUCAGUGCUCUCCAAAAGGCCAUAAAUACGGACCCGUAUCAUCCUAAAGCAUACUGGGUUGAUGCUGGACCUCGGAGCUGGUUUGAUCUUGAUGUUCCUGGUGGUCGCGACCCAAAUUCACAAAAUACCGUGGCACAUCUGUCCGGUUCUGAUUUGGUCAUUGAGGACGAUGGUUCAUACACAAUCACUAUCAACAGCUCGUCUGCAGAUGGUGCAAAGAAUCACAUUCAGUCUACUUCCUCAGGAAAGCAGCUUUUUGUGCGAAACAAUUUAGGCGAUUGGCAGUCUGAAAAACCAGACAACAUCUCCGUUGUGCUGGUCGAUGAUGCCUCGGGACAGGAUCCGAUCAGCGAAUCGAAAAUUAUCAGCACCGCAAGAUGGAAUUUGCAGGAAUCAAUCGUGGACUACGGGGUUGGCGCAUUGGGCAUCAAGACAAUGAUCAACAAAUUAAACACCCUCAAAGCCCCAAGUCAGUCUAGCACCUUGGGCACCCUGACGAGCCAGGCUAGCUCCUUCGGCCAUUUCAAGCUAGGCGACCAAGAGGCUCUUGUCGCAACAGUUACCCAAGGCGAUGCAGAUUAUUUUGUCUUUCCCUGGACGGACCCUUGGAUGAUCACGACUGAGCCAGGAUACAGCCAAGUCAGCCUGAAUAAUAUUCAGGCUUCUGUUAACGACAAUGGCACUUACACGUUUGUGGUAUCUCUUGAGGACCCAGGUGUCUACAACUGGAUCAACACAACUGGCUUAUAUGAAGGGACAGCCAUGUUCCUCUGUCCGGGCUUGGAUCUAUUCUACCACCAGGAACGCGAUUCGUGA